AUGUCUGCACCACCAACGAGGGCGAAUUUGAAAGCAUGGUGGAAACAAUUCGCUGCAAAAAAUGCGAAAAGAGAGGGUGAAAGGAAGGGUAAAGGCUCUCGUGGAAUUUUUGGCGUUGAUCUCGCUGAAGGAAUAGAGUAUGCAAGAGUACCAAUAUGCAUGGCAGGGCCAGACGGGAAACAAUAUAUAUACGGAUAUAUACCAACAAUAGUUGCAAAGUGCGGAAUGUUUUUAAAAGAACAAGGAUUUGGAAAAUUAAAUCCUAAAAACCAUGCCGGGGUAGAUACUUUUG